GGAGGAGCGUAAUGGCGCCUUAUAAAACCUCUCAACUAUUUACCAGCAUUCACACGCGCAUACAGGUAGGCAGACGGUUGGAUCCCAGCCCGUUGACGAUAUACAGAUCCAGAGUCUGAGUCCGGAGCUGUUACAUGCAACAUCCCUCGGUCCCCCGUCAGAGCCCUGCAGGAUUAUCUCCUUGUGAUUAACCAAGGACUCUGUUGGAUUACAGACUAACGGAUAGAUAUCACGCAGCUGCUGUUUGGAACAAAACGGAUGUCAGUGUGGUGGUUAGAGAUGGGAGAGGUUUCGGUGCCUCUCUCCACUGUAGGAUGGUAGCCGACAGCACAGUGGAAGGCCAUGAGCAGACCGCCUUACCAAGCACAUUACCAGCACCAUCAUCAUCAUCAUCAUCAUCUUCUGUGUCGUCAUCAUCAUCAGCAGCAGCAACUCGUACGCAGUCGGACCAGCUUCAGCGUCAGGCCGGUCCAAAUCCAAGCCUGAAAUCUGGGUCAGCUCGCUCUGUGUACCUGACUCAUUUCCCCACCUUCUCUUCCAAGGAGGACUGCAGCAUCAUCACUGACACAGCCACCAAGCUUGAGUGCAGCGGCUUCUAUUGGGGCCCGCUGGGAGUGGAGGAGGCCCACCGCAUGCUCCGCAACGCCCCGCUGGGCAGCUUCCUUGUCCGCGACAGCCGGCAGAAGGAUGUCUUCUUCACCCUGUCCUACCACGACAAGAAAGGACCUGUCAGCGUGCGCAUUGACUACAAGCGGCAAAGGUUCUCUCUAGCUGGCAUCGAGCGCUCUUUUCCAACUCUUUUUGCCCUCUUGGAGCAUUACAUAAACUCGCCCAGGAAGAGCCUGACCGUCCCGUACAGGAAAUGGGAGCCCACGCUACAGGAGCUGUGCAGGAAGCGAAUCCUGGAGGUGUGCGGAGGAACGAGCCGGAUUCCGGAGCUGCCAGUCACACAUGUGGUCCAAAAUUUCCUGUUGGAGUUCCCUUACAAACUGUAAACAGUCGGCCAUAUAACGGUUUGGCAGUAAUGUUUUUGAUUUCAAGAUGGCAGCUUUUACCAAGUAACGGGACAGCAAACGUGUUAUUAAAGGCUCUGCAUCAGGGAUCUGAGGUAGAGACUGUGUUGCUGUGGUUACAAAU